GUGCAUGACUCACUCACACGAGCCUUGAAAGUGACCUUAACAGGACCAAUUACGAAUUGUUUAGCAGCAAAACUUUGAGCGGAAGUACACGCGAUGCAUUCCACUUAGAGGAUUCAACUUAAACCUGCCAAACAACUUCCAGUCUGAAUUUUAUAUUUCUAGUCAGGCGUAUUUUUUAUCUGGAUACGAUUUUUAUCCUACACUGAGCUAUUAAGAUACCUUCCUUCAAAUAUGCUAAUGAAGGCCAAAGAUUCAUGUAGUCAUUUCAGUUUCAUGUUUCGGGAGAGUCGUUACAGAGGAAGCAGGAAAGUUAAGCUGUUAGUGUCGCUAGCGAGGAGGAGGAGAAGUCACCAGAAGUACAUGCCGAGCUAUUAUGUAUAAAACCGACACUGAUCCCCUACUCGGGAACCGACCGGGCAAAAGUGCUCAAAAAGUUUCUGAUCAUGUUUCUCCAGUAGCCGAUUAUGCCUCCGUCAAUUCUGAGAUUUCCCAUCACCACUGCCAGUCUUGUUCGAGGACUUCACACUCGGAUGUCUUGAGAGUGUCUGACCUAUCGACACCACCCGGGGAACUGCGGGUGUACAAACGACGAUGGUACAUUCUGAUAAUGUAUUCGCUGGUGUCGGCUACCCAGUGUGGCGUCUGUUACACGUUUGGACCCAUCGCUGCCUCCACGGAGGAGGCGUUCGGGUGGACUGACGCCACCAUCGCUCUGCUAAACAACUGGCCUCCUAUAGUUUACCUCAUUGUGGGAGUUGUGUUCUCUUGGUUGCUGGACGUAAAAGGAUUACGGAUCUCGUGUCUUCUGAUGGGGCUUUUCGUUGCCAUAGGAACGACACUGAGAUGUAUUACUAUGGAGCCACCGGCCGUGACAUGGUUAAUGAAUAUCGGUCAGCUCCUUACCGGACUGGCUGGUCCAGUUGCCAUGGCAGCUCCACCAUAUUUGUCAGUUACCUGGUUUCCUCCUCACGAGAGAACAACAGCCACAGCUGUUGGAUGCUCCUUCGCUUCUAUUGGCAUUGCUGUUUCCUUCAUACUCGGACCGGAGCUUAUUCCAGAUGUUCCGUUUAACGCCACAAACUCUUCCAUAAAUCAGUUCAGUGGUUUUCAGUUCAAAGAAAAUAAGAUUUUUCAUGACAACAGCACUUCUUGGAUACCAUGGACUGAGAGCUUUCCCACCACUGAGGCAUCUGGGGGCCAGAGAAUCUUGCAAGAGAAAAAAGCCAUUCAACUGUACAUGUACAUAGUUGCUGGUUGGUCCAUAGGUCUGUUUCUCAUCAUGUUGAUCUACUUCCCCAACAAACCUCCCCACCCGCCGAGUGCAUCCGCCAGCAUCCAGCGCACUAGGUUUCUGGCGGGACUCAAGCACCUGUCGAGACGGGGUCAGUUCUGGCUGGUGUGCUCUGUGAACUGUAUUGCUAUGGGUGUGCUCGGAGCGUGGAAUGGCGUGCUGGACGUUGUUCUGAAACCUCACGGUAUCGGGGAGAAGCAGGUAGGCUGGAUUGGUUUCUAUGGGCAGCUGAGUGCCUUCAUCGUCUCCCUCAUCGUGGCAAGGUGUGCAGAUGCAUUUUCUAAGAUGCUCAAGUGGAUAAUCAUAGGUUUUUAUCUCAUCGGCACAAUAUCCUUUCUCGUCAUCACACUCACUAUCAUCAACGUCAUCCCGUCAUCAAUAGCACUUCUGUACACGUUUACCAUCGUGGGCGUCACCGUCCUCAACGCAGCAUCGCCGCUGAUCUUUGAACUCUCCUGUGAGCUGGCGUACCCGACAGGGGAGGGCACCACAAGCGGGAUACUCAGUGUGGCUGAAAACCUCGUCAUCGUCAUCUUCCUUUUCGUUAUGAUGAUACCUAGCGUCGGCACGAUGUGGACCAACUGGACUAUAGUUGGAUCUUCUGGAUUGAGUCUGCUGCUCUUGCUGUUUUUGAAGGAGAAAUACAACCGCCUUGAAAUCGACAAAAAAUUUACUGCCGAGCAGAUGGAGCAGUGCAAUCAUGGUUGUACAGAGUGAUGGUGUAUUCAAACCUUCUACCACGAGGCCAACUAUAGGCAGGUGCCUAAGGUGCAAGCACUGACAGGCGUGCAGAGAUGGUCUGCGUUUGUUUUUUGAAUGAUAAGACACUGCUUAAAUGAUUGUUUACAAUUCAUGUAAAGUACUGCUGUGUAAAGUCUAUUAUUUAUUUCUAACUAACAAAUCAUACAGACUGUCUUCCUAAAGCUGAAUAUAGUCAUGCCAUUAAGUCAGCAGUACGCUCUGUUCGAAACACACAUUCAUAUUAAUUUGCAAUAAAGAUUGCAAUAAUUCACACAAAACAUGUGUCAUCAGAUAUGAUGAUGAUGAUGAUGAUGAUGAUGAUGAUGAUGAUGAUGAUGAUGAUGAUGAUGAUGAUGAUGAUGAUGAUGUAGUUUUGUAGCACGCUAGUAUCCGCAUCACAAAGAUGCGC